AUGAAUGCAGGCAACAAUGACUUGGUAGUUUUGAUGUGCAACUAUGGCUUCAGAGACAUUACACUCAAUUUGAUCACCAGUAUUGAACGACAUCUGUUGUCCGGACCCGGACAAAACCAGGAUACGUCAACUUCCACGACUACGUGGUCAUCAACGACAACGACAACAACGCGACAAACCUUUGAUCAACUCUGGAAUCAGAGAUUCAUGUUGUUUGCAUUGGAUGACAAGUCUGCGACAUUCUUCAAACUCAAAGAUAUCAACGCGAUCAAUCUCUCAAACAGGGCCGUGUUGAACAAGUGCUUCAAACAUGCCAAGACUCUGCUGAACUAUUGCGAUCAAUGUGCGAGAUGUGUAUGUGAGGACUGCCACGCUGAUGCUGGUAUCCAUCAGCUGCUGAUGGAGACCACGUCGUCUUCGUCGUCAACUAUGAUCGCACAUCAUGUGAGCCAACAGUACAACAUGGCCAUGAAGUCAAUGGCCAAGGAGGCUGUCGAGCGACCAAUGACAAGUGUUGGUGAUAUGGCCGCCGCAAUGCUCACGGGCGGCAAGGUGGUGUCGUCCGACACGGUGUAUGGCGAGCAGCCAGAGUCAUACGGCGGUGUUGGCUUCCGCGCCAUAUGCAAUGAGAAGCCAUUGGUCGUGCUGGACGUGCUCAAGCGAGGCUACAAUGUGUUGUGGACUGACACGGACAUUGUUUGGCUGAGCGACCCCUUUACCGCAUUCCAGCAGGCCGCCUAUGCGGCAGGUAUCGACUACCAACGCGACAUUGAUCUGAUCAUACAGCAGGAUGACGACGACGUCUGUGCCGGCUUCUACUACAUCAGAUCAAAUGCUACUAGCAUCUCAUACAUGGAGCAGGUCAUCGCCUUCCUCAACCCAAUCGUCGACGAUCAGAUAUCAAUGCGCAAGUUCCUCAAGGAGUUGGCCACGCCCGCAGUGUCUGGCGCACCACAAACGGGUAAACUGCGCGUGUUCAAACUUCCCCGCACAACCUUUCCCAAUGGCACUGCAUACUUCAAUCUCAAGCUGCCACAACGCGCCAACAUCGAGCCAGUCAUCAUACAUAACAACUGCAUCAUUGGACAUAGGAGCAAGCGAGAAAGAUUCAUUGACUAUGGAUUAUGGAUGAUUGAUGAUGUUCGCGAGUUGGCCGAGUCCUCACCGGUGACUGGGAGUGCGAGUGAGAAGGCGGCCACACCACCAUUGGAGCGAUACAAAGGUCACUUUGAUGCAGUUACAGCGUUGACUACACAUGGCAACACACUGUACUCUACCAGCCUUGACAAGUCCAUAAAACAAUGGAGUGUAGUCGAUGCCAAAUUGUUAAAGUCCAAGUAUGUACACAAGAGAGGUGCGGUCUGGGGACUGCAUGCCCUGAGCCAGGAUCCCGGCGCCACACCAACAUUGGUCACGGCAUCACAUGACAAGACUGCUCAAUGCCUCGAUGGCGAGACAUUCAACACAUUGCAGACAUUCACUGGACACUAUGGUCUAAUCAAUGGUUUGAAAAUUGUCGAGAAGUUGAUUGUGACAUUCUCUGAUGACAAGACGAUAAGGGUGGCAUCGAUCAAUGAUCAAUCAUUCAAACGAGUGUUCUUGGGUCAUAGUGGAUGGGUGUCAUCGGUGGAUCAUCAUGGCGGAUGGCUGUUCUCUUCGUCGUCAGACACCUCGAUCAGACAGUGGGACUUCCAGACUGGACGUUGUAUCAACAUCAUAUGGAGUCAACAAGGAUGGGUUCGAUCAAUCAUAUAUAGUGUCGCCAUCAACAGGCUAAUCAGUGCGGGCAACGAUGGAUCUAUCAAGUUCUGGGAUUUAUCCAAUAGCAAUGAGUGCACCAGGACGUUGUACUUUGAGGCUGUGCCCGUGGCAAUCAGACAGAUGUUGUUGGAUGAUCAAAAUGAUGUACUUUACGUGGCAGGUGAGAAUGGUGCUUUGAAGUCAUAUGACAUUAAUAGUGGAAUAUGUAUUGAAGAGUUUGAAGGACAUGCUCCGUUUGCUAUCAACUGCAUGCACAUAUCUGCUGCAUGCGGUGACCUUGAGUCGAGACUAUACACUGGAGGCAUGGACAAGUUGAUCAGGUCAUGGCCUCUGUCAACCAAUGUACAUAGGCAUCAACAGCAGCAGCAGUCUAACGCCAAUCAAGUGCAACCAUGA